AGUGGCUCCCUAGCACAGCCGCUGUGUGACGGGGCCGAGGUGCUUGUGAUGAAUUAAGAGGCGGGCAGAGCGUUUCCCAGGUGCUAACCCAACGCCCGCAGCGAACCCAGCCCGGACGGGACGGGGGCAGCCAGAGCGUGGCCGGGCACCGUGAGAGGCAGCUGCUGCCCGGCCCCUGAGCGCGCCGUGACCGCGGCCCCGAGCCCGCCCGGACCCCGGCACGGCAGCGGCGCUCAUGGCCUCCGCGCCGGGCCAGGGAAGCGCUGCCCUUGAGCGGCGCGGGGCGGCUGGGCUCAGCGGUGCCUGGCGCCCCCAGGGAGCGGGCGAGCCGCGGCGGCGCUUCCGCAGGGCGGCCCGAGCCCUGGCGCAUCUCUGCGGACUGAGCUUGUGGCGGAAAAGAUAUGUUGGAAAGAGUCCAGCAUUACAGUGGGCAGUAUUUCACCUGAAGAGGCAGACACGUCUUGGAAGUGAUCUCUUAUUCAACAUCAACAAUUAUUCUACAACUAAUCUUAGGGGAGAUUUUGAAAAGCUGAAGCGUCUGUUGUAUAUUUGCCCUAAAGAAAGAAGCCAGCAAGAUCUCAGGCAGAUACAAACAUGUCUGAAGAAGAACAGAACAUUUCAGUGUUUACCUCAUAAAACACAGCUCCAACUUUGCCAUGCUGUAGUCUACCAAGAGUGUGAAGCUGGAACCAUAGUUAUAAGGCAAGGACAUGUUCCAAGUGAAUGUUACUUAAUACUAUCUGGAAAACUAAAAGUCAUAUGGGGUGAUGCAAAUUUCAAAGACCAAACUUUCACCUCUGAAAUAUUAUGUGAAGCUGAAGAAGGAGACUUCGUAGGGGUGAAGUGUUCCAUGAAUCCUGUGAUCUGUGCAGGAAAAAGGGGCAAGUUGGAGCAGAUGUGGGGCAUGGACGAGGAGGAAAUCUGUCUUCUGACUAAUACAAACCGAUCUACUUCCAUUAUAUGUAAAUCCAAUGUGGAACUUCUAGUGAUAAACAAAGAGGAUUUUGAUUGUAUUCUUGCAGAUUUACUACAUGAACAAUACCGCGCAACAUGUAACUUUCUAAGGAAACUCACAUUAUUCUCUUCAUGGCCAGCAGAAGAAAUAGACUUUCUUGUUCACUGCUCCCUACAGAGAUUUUACAGGACAGGAACAACUGUUGUUCCAGAAAGUUUAAACUCUUACUUCUUAGUAGUUGUAAAAUCGGGUCGAUGUCUGAUAGUGACACAACUGGAUCAAGAGAGAAUAUAUGCACACUCCAAUGAAAUGCAGAAUUUUUCUUCUCUUUGUAAUAAUUUUAACACAAUAUUGUCCUUAAAAGAAAAGAAGGAUUUGACUAGAAGACUUUGGGAAAGAUCUCCGUAUUCAGCUGCUCAGAGAACGCCUCUUACCCAGAUGCCCAGAAGACAAAGACCUCAAACAGCUGCUGUACUAUGUUAUUCGCUCAGGGAUAGAAGAGCCUUUGGUGAUCUGGAACAGAAAGGAUUAGGUGAAAAAGAUGCUGAGACGAAGAGAUGUGGCAGGAAACAAAAGGUGGCUUCAUCAACUCCUCAGUUCCUGAAGAUAAGGGCUCUGGAACAAGGUGGCAUUUUUGGUUUGGGAGAAACAAUGGACAAGUUUUGUCGCCUUCAAUUCAGCUUGAUCAGUGAAGGAGCAGAGUGCAUUUUUAUUCCCAAAAAACUUUUUCUAGACAAAGCACCUGUCAAGUCGAGAAAGAUGGCUCUCGAGCUGGUGAAAAGUUACCCCUCAGAGAGCAUGAUUAUGGAGAACUAUACUAGGCAUCAAGCUUGGAAUACUUACAAGGCCAAGCUUAUUGGACAACAGCUUGAGAGACAAGCUACGCCAACUUCAGCUCGCUUUUCUUUUUAAAAGCUGUUUAUGGUGGUGCCUUAUGGCCAGAUAUUUCUUUUAGUGAAUGAGAUAAUGAUGAUACUCAAGCAUGUGCUAAUGGGAAAAUAUGUACUGUCCAUGACUAUAUACACACAGGAUAAUGCAGACAUGUUACAUGCCUUUUAA